AUGAGGAGCUUUAUCAUUGAAACUGUUGUCAUUGCUGCCUGGGCUCUUGGCCUUGUUGCAGCAGGCCCAGUCGGCGAAUCUCCCGCAGGUGUCGUCGAGACCCGGGUUGACAAUACUGGUCUCCACGAUCGGUCUCUCGAGCCCCGGAAUGGCAUGCUGUAUUGCGGAAACUUUGCCAGUGGCAAUGGCGCCAUGGCAAAUGAGCUCCUUGCUGAGGUCAUGAACGAGAACACCCUGCACACCAUAGGUGCCACGGGUUGUCUUCGUGUCAAAUGCAGAGACACCACUGCAAUCUAUGCGUGCAAUGACAAUCCUCACUCCAUCACUAUCAAGGGCAAGGAAAUUGAAGUGCAUGGAGAAAACAUCCUGCAACGCUGCUGUAUACACAGCAGUACUGGAUCCAUGUUGUAUGGGUAUUCCAUGGCCGGACAGCAGUUCACCAACGCCGAUGGUGGAAACUGGAAUGUCAUUAUCGGGUACGGUGACUGUAACCACUCCGACACGGAGAAGCCCUCUGUCCUUGGCGGCUGGGGAGUCAAUACAUCCUGCAAGGAGAUGAGCGAGUAUAUUGGCUAG